AUGCCGCGUGGCUUCCUCGUCAAGCGCAGCCGGCGCCCCGGCGGCUCUUACCGGGCGCGACCGCGGGAGCGGGACCCAGAGCGAGAUCCGCCGCAAGCCCCGCCGCCGCCCCCCCCGCCGCCUGCCGCGGGCGGCAGCACCACCGCCAGGCAGGGGGCGGAGGAGGAGGAGGAGGGCGAGGAGGAGGAGGGCGCCGUCGCCGCCUGCCCCGCGACGUGGCCGCCCGGCGGCGGCUGCGGAGGCCCUGGGCUCGUCCCGCCUGAGGAGCCGGCCGCCUGGGGGGCGGCGAGGCCCUGCAGCACCGCGGGGCCCUGCAGCGCCGCGGGGCCGCGGGCGGCUCUCUUCGAGCGGUGCCUCAGCUCCCCCGCCUCCGCCGAGUCCUUCCCGCUGGCUGCGUCCUUCCCGCCCGCCGAGAAGCUGCUGCUGCAGCCCCGCACGCCGCUUCCCGCCCCGCCGCCGCCGGUGCCCGCGCUGAAGCGGCCGUCGCGGGCCAAGGCUCCGGCCAAGAAGGCCAAGGCCACGCGGAAGCUGAGCUUCGCCGACGAGGUGACCACCUCGCCCGUGCUGGGGCUGCGCAUCAAGGAAGAGGGGCCCGAGGGCCGGCCGGGGCCCCCGGCGGGGCGCACGCCGCUGGGCGAGUUCAUCUGCCAGCUGUGCAAGGAGCAGUACGCGGACCCGCUGGCGCUGGCCCAGCACCGCUGCUCCCGCAUCGUGCGCGUCGAGUACCGCUGCCCCGAGUGCCACAAGAUCUUCAGCUGCCCCGCCAACCUGGCCUCGCACCGCCGCUGGCACAAGCCGCGGCCCGGCCCCAGCCCGCCCUCGCCGGCCCGUCAGCACCGCGGCGGGGCGGACAGCGCCCCGGCUCCUCCCGGCCCCGGUGGCGGCCCCGGCGUGGAGGCGUUCGCCUGCCCCUGCUGCCAGAAGCGGUUCCGGCGGCAGGCCUACCUCCGCAAGCACCUGGGCACCCACGGGCCGGCGCGGCCCGCCGCCUUCGGCCCCCCGGAGCGCGGCCAGCUCGCCUUCGCCUGUCACCUCUGCGGCGCCCGCUUCCCCUCGGCGGACAUCAGGGACAAGCACCGGCUGUGGCACGCCGUGCGGGAGGAGCUGCUGCUGCCGCCGCCGCCGGCCGGACCCCCCGAGGGCGGCGCGGCGGGCGGCGAGCGGCCGGGCUUCCCCUGCAAGCACUGCCCCGCCACCUUCUUCAGUGCGCCCGGGCUGGCGCGGCACGCCAGCAAGUGCCACCCGCCGGAGAGCAGGCAGGUCCUGCUGCUCCAGGUGCCCGUCCGGCCCGGCUGCUAG